AUGGACGAAGCCGCCUCCGCAGCCGCCGCGCGCCUCCGCCCCUCCACACCGCGCUCCAAGAAGCGCACCUCCCGCUCCAAGUCCCGCGGCCGCUCCCGGGACCGCCGCCGCUCCCCGAACCCUAACCCUAGCUCCCGCCGCGAGCGCGCCGCGGACCACGGCGGCUCCGCCGCCGCGCCCUCCCGCAAGAGCGACCGCAAGCCCAAGCCGCGCUCCUUCCCGGACUCCGCCACGCUCGCCACGGCCAUGGCCUCGGUCGCCGCCGCGGCCGCCGCCGCCUCCGCGGCCCCGGCGGCCGGCGGGGGCCGUGGCAGUGCGGGCGCCGUCCAGAAGCUCUGGACCGAGUCCGACGAGGUCGCGCUGCUCACGGGCGCCGUCGCCUUCAAGGACCGCACCGGCAUCGCGCCGCGCCUCCCGGACAUGGGCGAACUGUUCGAGUCCAUUAGGGACUCCCUCGCGCCGCACCUCGACCAGGCCAAGGUGUACUACAAGCUCAAGCGCCUCAAGAGCAAGUUCCAGCACUCCGUGCCGGGCGAAUCCAGCACCGCGCACGAGCACCGGCUGCGCGACCUGGGCGCGGCCCUCUGGGGCGCCGAGCUCGCGCGCCCUGAAGAGAACGCCAUCGCGGUGGCUGAGGAGGCCGACGAGGGAUUCAUUGGCGGGGAUAGGGAGGGGGCCGUGAAGCUUCCUAUGGUCAAGGAGGUGCUUGGAGAGUACUGGAGGCUCAACGGACAGACCAUGUCAGGUGUGUCGCUGGAGAAGGGGUUGGCGAUGCUUGGGCCACAGGAGGCUAGUGUGUCUGAGGUCAAAUGGAGGCGACAGCUUGAGGCAGAUAUGCGCAUGCAGAUGCGCCGGCAUGAUCUGGAAAAGGAGGUCUAUGGCCUGCUCAUCGAUGCUAUCAAAGGCCUAGGGCCUUAG